AAUAUUUUUGAGAAGAAAAAAAUAAGUUUCUUACCGAAUAAGGAACACGAGAUCAAAUUAAAAGGAAUUAAUUAUUGAAAAUGUGAAAAACUCUAAUUGGUGUACAAUAAAAAAAAUUAAUUAAAGUACAAAAAAGGAAAUAUGAAACCAUACAAAAAUAAUCUUAUGAAAUUCUGCUUUAAUAUUUUAUUGAUCAUUCACUUCUCCAAUGCAAAUUUUGGAACUCCAGAAAGUAGUCAGUAUCACAUCCAAACAGAUGAAGGUCCUGAACGGUUCUUCAAGUAUCAAACUGACAAUGGACAGUUUAGAAAGGAGCGACGUCUUCAAGAUGGAACUGUGAUUGGAACAAAUGCAUGGAUUGAUGGAUUUGGAUAUUUGAGGAUGAAUGACUACAUAGCUGAUCAUGCUGGGUAUAGAAUCAUGAGUGCCAAGACAGUUUUUGUCGGAAAAGAUCGUCAUAUUGAGGAAGCGAUGAAAAUGGCUAAGGAUGCUCCAAAAUCAUCAGGAGUUCUGGUUUCAAGCACGAGAAUUCCAACUACGCGUUAUGUUCCAACAACCACAUCCAGACCAGUAACAACAGCCAUUCCAUACUCAACACCAGGUCAUUAUCAUAACAAGGUUCCAACAGUUGACAUUCGUCCACAUUCACAACCAAGAGAGAAUUAUCCUUCAUAUACAAAUUUUAAUGACCUUAAUCAUAAUGUUUUGGCGUAUCCAACAAAUGACUUAUCCCAUGUGCAAAAGCCAUCAAUUUAUUAUGAACUCCCGCUUGAAGAUGGACCAAAACUACAUGAAAGCUCAUUGCCUACAAUCAUUGUGGUGCCAACAUCAACUCCAGCAUCAAUCGAAAAUCAGUCUCAUUUACCUCCCAUUGUGAUCCAUCCAUCAUCAUCGUCGUCAGUUAAUGAUGUUAAUAAUGUGAAAGAUGAGUCUCAUUUACCACCACUGGCUUAUUAUCCAACAUCAACUGUUAAGCCUGAUAUUAAAGAUGAAUCUCAUCUUCCGCCAAUUGCAUAUUAUCCAUCAUCGACUGAACGUCCUUUGGAUUAUAAUAAUGUGAUUCCACUAUCGAGUACACCAUCAAGUCUCACAAAUGAACUUUUACCGCCAAGAAAUGGAGAUGACUCCUAUGACGUAGUAAUUCCAAUUACAUCCCGUCCAAGAAAUCGUUAUCGUCCAUCCUCAUAUCGCCAUGAAUCGUCAACAGAACGAACCAUUGUCGAUUAUGAUCGAAAUGUUAUUGAUGCUGCGGCAUCAUACGUCUCGCCAACAUACCAAAAUAAUCCAAAUAAUGUUCCUUUGUUUGACAGAAGUAAAUAUCAGCAGCAACAGAAAUCUCCAUAUUAUGAUGGCGUUGGUGUAACAGCUAACGGCUUCCGUUAUUUCUUACCACGACAAUAUCAAGAAGAAACGGAAAACAAAGGAGAAGAUAGUCGCGAUGGAAGUUAUGGAUAUAUUGAUCCAUUUGGUAUACGUCGAGUAGUUUAUUAUAAUGCUGGUAAAAAUGGAUUUAUUACACGAAAAAACAAUCGAUAUGUUGGCUUCAAUGCGACGCCAUACGAUCCACGACCAAAUUAACACACAAUUAUUAAUUGAACAAUAUGCGGUCGAUGGAAGAAAUGCACCUUAUAAAAUUCAUAACAUCGUCUUCAGUAUUGUGAGAGACGUAAAAAAACCCUAUUGUGAUUAAUUUAUUGAAAGACAUAAGUAAUUAAGUUAAGCUAAUUAAAUUAACUCAUCUCCUUAUUUUCAUCAUUGCAUUACUUUUCCUCUUAUUGAGUAUUAAAAGCAUGAAUCUCGUACUGUCCUGAAUUGGCAUUGAAAAACCUCCUACACGUUAAGUAAUAUACAGACACAGUAAAUUAUAUUAAGUAAUUAAUUCACAGCUUUAAUUUAUGGAAAGACAUGGUUGGGGAUCGUUCAUUAGUGAUGUUUUUUUUAUGAAAUUGGAUUUUGAAGCAAAUCCUCUUUCUUAUUUGCUCUCAUAUUUAAACAGUUUAUGUGAAUCUCCUUGUUUGAUGUUUAUAAAUCUUUGGUUGAUUAAUUGUCAGUUAUAUACCAUCCCCUCGCCUGCCGGUUGUUAGCUUCGCUCCUUACUAAAAUGAUCCUAUGGCUUAGAAAUUGAUAAAUCAUAUUUUGAUCAUUUUUGAUUAAUUUUGAACAGUUAAACGCUAUUGGGGAGAGGAAUCAAAAUCACAAUUCUAAGGUUACAUAACAGUUGAACGAACCCCAGCCUCCUGUCUCCACUUGAAUCAUAAAUUAAGAAUAAAAAAAAAUUCAACAUCGCAACAAAAUAAAAAGUAUGUAAUUUUAUGCUCCAGAGAUUCCUUCUGAUAAGAUGGCCAUACAUGAAAUUAAUAUUUAUCAUUCCUUACAUUUUAUCCACCAAUUAAAAUGAAUAAUCACUUGCCAUAUGAAUGAAAGACUGUAUGAAUGCGCAUAUAUGUGUGUGACUGGGUGUCAUAAAUCUAUCAUUACCAUUUUUACUUUUAUUAUUUUUUUAAAAAAAAAGAAUUAUGUAAGUGACUUAGACAUGGAAAAAUUUCUUUUUAAUCUCUCAGUGCUGACUAGUUUUGAAACUUGGCAAAAAUGUACUUCCGAUUUUGAAGAAAUUUUUUUUUACCGAGUCAUUCACAAUAAAACAAACUUCUUUGCUAAUAGAUAUUUCAUUGAAACUUUAUGGUCAAUAAUUGAUGAAGCAGGGGUUGUCAAACUGAUUGUUUGGAUGUGGAACUGACUGGUUGUUUAGAUUAGUUCAGCAUCAUUUUAAAUGCACAAUUUAACAGUUUUGGACCAAAUUUAAAAUUUUUAAAAUUUUAACGUC